AUGCACCAAGCAAAUGGCUCUGUUGCAACUGAAUUUGUGUUGCUGGGACUUACACAAUCCUCGGGAAUGCAGUUUUUCCUUUUUCUUUUCUUCUCUUUAUUCUAUGUGGGAAUUAUCUUGGGAAACCUCUUCAUUGUGUUCACAGUGAUUUUUAAUUCUCACUUACAUUCCCCCAUGUAUAUUCUUCUGGCCAACUUAUCACUCCUGGGCCUUUCAUCCACCACAAUUUGUAGGAUGAUCUCUGAUCUUUUCAGUGAUUGUAAAAGCAUUUCCUUCCACAACUGCAUGAUACAAAUGUUCUUCAUUCACAUCAUGGGAGGAGUUGAAAUGGUGCUGCUCAUUGCCAUGGCACACGACAGGUACACAGCUAUCUGCAAGCCUCUCCACUAUCUCACGAUCAUGAAUCCCAAUAUGUGCGUAGUUUUGGUACUAGCUGCUUGGACCAUUGGUGUGAUUCAUGCUGUGUCUCAGUUUGUUUUUGUCAUAAAUUUACCUUUCUGUGGCCCUAAUAACAUGGGGAGCUUUUACUGUGACUUUCCUAGGGUUAUUAAACUUGCAUGCAUAGACACUUACAGACUAGAAUUUGUGGUCACUGCCAACAGUGGCCUCAUAUCUAUGGGCACUUUCUUUUUCUUAAUUGUAUCAUACAUCUUUAUUCUGGUCACUGUCAGAAAUCAUUCUUCAAAGGAUUUAUCCAAAGCGUUCUUCACUUUGUCGGCUCACAUCACUGUAGUGGUUUUGUUUUUUGCUCCAUGCAUGUUUCUCUAUGUGUGGCCUUUCCCUACAAAGUCACUGGAUACAUUUUUUGCCAUUGUGAACUUUGUUGUCACUCCUGUCUUAAAUCCUGCCAUCUAUACUUUAAGAAAUAAAGAUAUGAAAAUGGCAAUGAGAAGGCUAAGUGGACAGGUUGUAAGUUCUAGGGAGAUAACAGAUUUCACUGGUAAGAACACAAGAUGA